AUGUCGCUCUUUGGAUCCAGUCCCACAGACGCGUCACCAGUCCGAAAUCACAACGGCCUCUUCGAUGAUGACGAUGUCGGCCAUGGUUCUGGAAGCAACAACAACAACAACUCCGGUGGUCCCCGCUCCUCCCUCUUCGAUGAUGGCUUGGGUGGCGGUAGUCCCUGGAGUAUGCCUACCCCUCGCAACAAACGUAGCGAGAGCAACUCCGAAAUGAUCAGAAAUGUCAUGAGGGGAGCUACCGUUCCUGAAGAAUACAUCGAUCUUUUCGAUGAGAUCUUAAGUGCUACCGGCGCUGUUACCGUUGGUGUCAUGGAACGUCUGCUUGGGGAAUCGCAGGUUAAAACCUCAGAUUGGGAUCGGAUCCUGGAUUUGAUUGCUGGGAGGAACAGGGAUGAUGGGACGGUGGUUAACCGGGAGGCAUUUAAUGUGUUCCUGGCGCUUGUGGCGCUGGCCGAAGACGGGGAUGAGUACUUGGGAUUCGAUGCUGUGGAUGAUCGGAAGAGGAAUUUACCAAUCCCUACGAUAGCACCGACCAGGCCUGUUCCUCCUCCUCUCGAACAACCGCCCAGACAACCCUCACCAUCCAUUCAAGACCGACCCAUCCAGACUCCUCCAAGUCCGCCUGUUAUGUCCCACAGCGCUCCGAGCCAGGAGGACCCCUGGGGAAGCCCCGAGCUUCACGAAGGCCACAACCAUGGCCCAGUGAAUAAGGCUAACGGCGCACCCCCUCCUACUGGCUAUCCAGACGCACCGGAUGUCGGAUCCCUCGAAGCACCAUCUCUACCACCUUCUAGACCAUCAUACACUCCUGCGAUUACCGAAGCAGAUGACUUACAAGCUUCUUUACGAUUACCACGACAGCCGACGAUGACCAAUGCCUGGGGCCCACCGCCUCAAGCACAAGCUGGUGGUUUUGGAGCACCACCUGGGUUUGGAGCACCACCCGGGUUUGGGGGACAGCAAGGAUUUGGGCCACAACCGAGUGGGUUCGGUGACCCACACGACAACGGCUCAGUAGCUGGUAGCAGCCUCCGCCCAACCUUCGGAAGCAUUCGAGGCGCUACAUCCGGCGGGGGUAACCGAGUUGAAGAAAACGUCACAGUCACUGCCCUUCCGGACAAAGAAGGGAUGUUUAUGUUCCAACAUCGAAACUACCAAGUCGCGAGUACACGGCGCGGGUCUAGAGUUGUCCGACGGUACAGCGACUUCGUAUGGUUGUUGGAGUGUUUGCAGAAACGGUAUCCGUUCCGACAGUUACCACUUAUGCCGCCGAAGAGGCUUGCGGUUAAUGGACAUUAUUUGUCUGCUGAUACGGCGUUUAUUGAGAGGCGACGGAGGGGUCUUGCGAGGUUUGCGAAUGCGCUUGUUCGACAUCCGGUUUUGAAGGAGGAGACAUUGGUUGUUAUGUUUUUGACGGUGCCGACGGAACUGGCGGUCUGGCGCAAGCAAGCUACGAUUUCUGUGCAAGAGGAAUUCGUGGACAAACCACUCCCACCACACCUCGAAGAAUCGCUCCCCGCAGAUCUGGAACAUACGUUUGAAACCGUCAAAUCGGGAAUUCGCCGCUCUUCGGAAACGUACAUCGGACUGUGUAACCUUCUCGAAAGAAUCGAGAAGCGACAUGAGGGCGUUGCAGCAGACUACCGUCGUUUCUCGCAAGCGUUGGAAAGUCUAACGGAUGCAUCCGAGGCGACGUAUAAGAUGGAUACAUCCGAGGUGGCACCCCUGAAUGAUGGGUUAGUCGCCGUUGCAAAGCAUUUGAAUACGGCGCAGAGUAUUAUGGAGGAUGAGAUUAAAGCUUGGGAUAUCGGGGUUCUUGAGGAUCUUAAACGACAUCGGGAUGCGCUCGUUUCUAUGCGAGAGCUGUUCGAGAGGAAGGAUAAGUAUGCCGGGGAUAAUAUCCCGUACCUCGAGAAGAGGAUUAGGACUACGGAAGAGAAGUUGAAGGCGACGAGGUCGAAGCCUAAGGAACAGAUUAAGGAUGGAGAGAUUGAAAAGAUGGAGGCGAGUAUUGUGGCCGAUCGGGAGAGUAUUGUCAGGCAGAAGGCGAGAGGGGUGUUGAUCAAGGAGUGUGUGAGAGAUGAAUUGAUUUACUUCCAAGGAAGUCAAUAUCACGUGUCGAGAUUGCAGCAAGAUUGGGCGCAGGAGAGAAUCAAGUAUGCGGAGCUUUACGCUGACAAUUGGAAGAGCCUGGGUCAUAGUGUGGAUGGGAUGCCGCUUGGAGAGUAG